AUGAACAUUUUUAUGGCUGACUGGAUCUGUCCGGCAUUGGAAAAUGGACCUGAUUAUUUCUGGUUCGAGGCUUUCGACGAACCAUGGAAAAUCCAAUUCAACACGCCCGGGAAAGAGGAAUGGGAGGAUGUAUGGGGUCUGAUGGAGUCCGGACGCAAGCUCGAGAAGGGUCUCAAGACCCCCGACUGCGGCGGCAAGACUGCCUCUUGA